AUGACUAUCCCAACCCUUCCAUCAAUGCCAACCACCACAGCACCAGAAGUCGCAACCUCAAGCUUCCGCAAAAUCCUGGUGGGAGUAGACGAGAGCGAACACGGGAUUGGUGCUCUCAAGUUCGCCAUCAACGAGGUCGCCAGGGACAAUGAUGAUAUCAUCCUGGUGAAUGCAAGGGGUCCUGGUGGCUUGUUGAUGAAUGCUGACGCAAAGAAGGAACACGAUGACAAGGAAGUCUUGGAAGGCAAAGUCAAGCUGGGUGGAAUAUUGAAUGAUCUCAUUGCUGCCAGUGGCAAGAAGUUGGGAGGGGUUGUCAAUGUUGAAGUCGGGGAUUCGAGGUCUGUGUUGAUGAGUGCAGUUGAUACAUUCAAGCCUACAAUCGCAGUCGUCGGUGCUCGUGGUAUCUCUGGUGUCAAAGCGCUGCUCUUGGGCUCUACCUCAACCUUCUUGAUCCACAACAGCGAAGUCCCCGUCAUUGUCGUACGCAACUAUCCCAAGCUCGAUGGUGCUGCAGCUGCUGCUACUGGAACUACCACUGCCACUUCCACUGCUGCUCAUCCUACAGGAUCUGUUGCAACCCCAUUGGCAACUGCACCUGUAUCUCGCUGA